CUUCCCUUAAAAUUUCGCCAUUUGAGGAAAAGAUACCCCUUUCCUAUACCGAAAAAUCACCGUCACUAUCAUACCGGAAUAACCCCGCCUUUGCCCGAACAAACACCUCUCAAUUCUGUUUCCACCCAUUCCAUCUCAAGGCUAAAGCAGUAGCCAGAGCCCCUUAACAAUUUUUCCAGAAGAUAUUCGCAACUAUUACCAAUCUCAAAAAAUGGGACUCACCGCUGGUUGUAUCGGACCAUUUGGUAACGGCGGGAGGAAGAAUGACAAGAGCGAUAUCACUGAGCAUUGGGGGGAGGUGCUAUCCGACUACCAUACGAAAAUUGGUGUUUCCGGGGAGCGCGCCGCGGUCUAUAGCGAUCACAACAUUGCCUCGAGAUUGAGCAACCUUAACUUGGGCACUGGCAAUCAGGAGCUUUCGGAGUAUGUCACUUGUGACCGGUGCUCGCAGAAGUAUCCGUCCACUUUGGUAAGUUAUAAAAUUUCCCAUGUUGCGCGCUUUUCAAAGCUAACCAAUAAAUUGUAGGAAGGGAAAGAGGACCUCACCCGCCAUGGAUUAAUUAGUCACGAUUUGAAGCACAUUUGCGCGCUCCUGAAAGUUGAGGUUCCAACUUUCAAGACCCAGAUGGGGGUUUUCACUCAGGAUCAACUGGAUGUCCAUGUCAUCGCUGUUAUAAGCACCUAUAGUAAGUCGAGGUCCCCCCUCCACCCAUGAUAAAAGGCUAGAACGUUACUAACGUCUUCUAGGAGCUGUUGCAGUCAGGCGUGGUCUUAUGGCCCACUGCGCUCAUCCCGUGGGGACUCCUGAGGAGGUGAUGAAGGCGAAAUCCAAAUCUCUCUGCUACGAGAUGGUCAUCUAGCGGUCAAAACGGACCCCCAAAACAAGAAAAACUGGUAGAAUACCCCCACCGCAUUUGAAGCACAGUUGAUUUGCUGUUUCUCAGUCUUUACUCUUGAUGAUUUUGAUUUUCUGCUUCCUUCUUGCUUUAUCGAUGAUUGAGCAAUAUUUAUGCGGCCUUCCGGGGAGUGGGGCAGUGCCUUGGAAAUUCAGGAUGGGAAUGCUGAUGUGCUUAGAUAACAAACAGUGGAAAAACUGAAGCAGUUUACUGAUGGGCGGGGAAAAUGGAUUAAUGGAUUUACGGAG